ACAGUGAAAUCCAGCACGUUGUAUUAAAACGGAACAAGUAACAUGAUUAUUGUUUCUUGGUUAAACGGUUUGUAAUUCAUCUAAAAUAUAUUAGUUACCAAAAACGCUGGCUCCCUGACAACGCUUAUUUAAGUUUCGGUUUCUUUUCCCGGGGAAAGGAAACUGGUGACAGCGCAACGUAAGCAGGCAACAUUUAGAAGACUCCGUUUGUUUUUGUCUUUUGCGGUGUAUACACAACAUGACAGCUAAUUUCACGACUAAGUAUGCCAUCGAAGUACUGUGUGCAAAUCAUGGCUCACUGGAGUAUAGUGAACUCCUCCGACAAGUCAAGCAGUAUUUUGGGGUAACAGAUGACCAAGGGUUAGAGCUACCAGAAGACAGUCGACUUCUCGUUACCUAUGGGAAAGUGGAUUCCACUAAUUCUAGUUCUCCAUCCGUGGACGAUAAGAAAGUUGUAGCUGUCACUUCUGUCCGUGUUUGUAGUCAGUUUUAUUCUACGGAUGGCUGCAGCGAUACAGUUUGCCCCAAUUUACACAUGUGCCGCCAUUUCAUUCGUGGGAAUUGUAGGUUUAACGCACGCAGAUGCAGGUAUUCACAUGAUUUCCACUCUAUGCAUAAUGCCAGGAUUCUAUGUGACGGUGACCUUUUAGACCUGGAUGACAGUCAUCUACGAGUGCUGCUACUUCAGAAUGAUGUGUCAUUGUUGCGAGGGGCGUGUCAUCUUUACAACAAAAGCAAUGGAAAUGAUGAAGCUUGUACUUUUGAAAAAUGCCAAAGGCUGCACAUCUGUCAGCAAUUUCUAAAUGGAAACUGUAGAUUUGGUGAUAAGUGUAAGAGGUCCCACGAUUUUGAAAAGAAUGCAUGUAUCAAGCUGGAGAACCAGGGAUUUGAACACAGCUCAAUACCUAAUCUGCUGUCAUUGUAUCAUAACAGUUAUUUGAUUAAUAACCCCAACCAUGCUAAGCCUAAAGAUCCAACAUUUAGUAAGCGUCGGACCUUUGUAAACACCAAGAGGAAUACUGGCAAUGAAGAAAUCGGUUUGAACUGUAAUGAUCCAGCAUUUAGUAAGCGUCGGACCUUUGUAAACACCAAGAGGAAUACUGGCAAUGAAGAAAUCGGUUUGAACUGUAAUGCAGAACCAACAACCUGUGCUCGUCAGGUGCCUGUAAACCCCAAGAGAAAUGCAGACAGUGAAGAAAUAUGUGUAAACUUUGUUGCUAAAAAUUGUCGUUAUAAAGUAAAGUGCUUCAAGCAUCAUUAUUCCUUACCGUAUAGAUGGCAAUUUUUUAACAGCAGCAAAUGGGAAGAUUUUUCUAACGUGGAGCAGAUUGAAAAUGCUUAUUGUGAGCCUAGCAAUUCUAAAAGUGCUGGAAUACAAUGUAUUGAUUUUCAGAUGAUGAUCUGUGAUUCUAAUCAAGUUAGGCGUUUAUCUACUCCAUCCUCUGUCACUAAACCUCCACAUGUCAUCUUAACAACAGUUUGGAUCUGGUACUGGAAAGAUGAAUACAAUAUCUGGGUUGAAUAUGGCAAUCAGGGUGAAAACCAUCGUGCCUCAACUGCCACCAGCAGUGUUCUGGAGAAGGCUUACCAGGAAAACAAUGAUGGUGUGAUAUCAUUUCAAGCUGGAAGAUACGAGUAUGAACUUCGCUUCAAAGACAUGAUACAAGAGAAUAAAUCACUCAAAACUCAGAGAGAAGUACGACGCAGGCCAAAAUUUGUCUCUGCAAAAGACUUGGAAGAUGUAAGAAAAAGAAGACCCACUCAAACAAAUAACGUGCCUUCCAAUUGGGACAAAUCAGCACUGCCAGAUGUUGGAUACAAGCUUGUUCCAUUACCUGAGUCAUCAGAAGAAUAUAAUGAAAUAAAGACAUUAUUCAAAAAGACGAUGGAUUCCAGCACCAUCCAGAAGAUAGAAAGGAUUCAGAAUUUGUCCCUUUGGGAAGUUUUCCAGUGGCAGAAAGAACAAAUGAAGAAAAAUAAUAAUGGAAGGGACGUUGAUGAGAGGCUGCUCUUUCAUGGCACGGAUGACUCAAUUGUAGAUGCCAUAUGCCAUCAAAACUUUGAUUGGAGAAUUUGUGGAGCCCAUGGAACAGCUUAUGGGAAAGGAAGUUACUUUGCAAGGGAUGCUUCAUACUCCAAUGGCUAUUCCAAUUCAACAUCGGACUCCAAAAACAUGUUUGUAGCCCGAGUGCUAGUAGGGCAGUGUGUAGAAGGGAUCUCAAGCUAUUUACGUCCUCCAUCCAAGAAUGGGAAGGCCAACGAUUUCUAUGACAGUUGUGUAAAUAAUGUGUCCAAUCCUUCUAUCUUUGUUAUCUUUGAAAAGCAUCAGAUUUAUCCCCAGUACCUGAUUAAGUACUGUGAUAAAGCUACAGCACCUGUAGUUCAAAUUAAAAGUCCCAGCAUUGUUACCCAAAGUACUGCACCUGCAUAUCGUAGUAAUUUCCAAACAGUUGUUACUCAAAACACUGCUUAUUCAUAUCAUAGUAAUAGGCCCAGCAUUGUUUCUCAGAGUGCUGCACGUGCAAAUCAUAUUAGUAGCCCUAGCAUUGUUCCUCAAAGUACUGCACCUGCAAAUCAUAUUAAUAGGUCCUGGGUUGUUUCUCAAAGUACUACACCUGCAAAUCAUAUUAGUAGCCCCAGCAUUGUUCCUCAAAGUACUGCACCUGCAAAUCAUAUUAAUAGGUCCUGGGUUGUUUCUCAAAGUACUACACCUGCAAAUCAUGUUAAUAGCCCCAGGGUUGUUCCUCACAGUACUGCACCUGCAAAUCAUGUUAAUAUCCCCAGGGUUGUCCCUCAAAGUACUACACCUACAUAUCAUAGUAAUAGCCCCAGAUCUGAUUCUCAAAGUACUGCACUUACACAUAAUAUUAAUACCCCCAGGGUUGUUCCUCAAAGUACUAAACUUGCAUAUCAUAGUAGUAGCUCCAGGGGUACUGCUCGGAGUAAUAGUUCCUGUCUCAUAUGCUAAUUUUAAUAGCUGUGGCAUUCUGGAACCCACAUAUCUGCUGCAUAUUUUCCUCCCAUCAGUUAUACCACUUCUUGAAAUUCUGUCUGGCACUUAUUCUACUCCUAACAUUUAUGUUACUUCUGAAAAUUCUAGAUCUCAUGUUUUUCGCACAUAUUCUGCUUCCUGAAGUUGUUACUCCUGGAAAUUCCAGUCCUUUGUGAAUACAGAUAAACUCUUCUAGUACUGGUAGUGUUUUUUUCUUCUUUUUAUAGAGGGUGUUUUCAUGGCCUUUCUUUUUUUCUAGUGGUGCAAAUGUUUUAUAUAUUUUCUAAAUGACUUGGGUGUAAUUGAAGUAACAUAAUUCACAAUUUUGUAAGUAAUAAUGGAAUUUCAGAAGCAUUUUAAGCCAUAAGACAAAUUUACAUGUUUGAUUACAUUUAUAAUGGAUACUAUUGCUAGACAUUCUUAAAUUUGUAAGUAUUUCUAUUUAUCUAUUAAUUUAUUUGUGAACUGGGUAAAUUGAGUGAUACAAAACACUUUUAACUUGUGACCUGGACCACUUGCAAAAGUCAAGGCAAUUAAAUGACAUUGUGCAAUAACAGUUACAACAUAGACUUUAAAGGUGACAAGAAAUGAAUAAAAGAAUAACUGCAUAAUA